CGCGUACAUACCAGUUCUCGCACUGAGCUGCUGGUGACCAGACGGCGUCGCCAUGGGACCCAUCAGGAACCCCGUCGUCAAGUACACACAGAUAUUCAUUAACAACAAAUUCGUGGACUCUUUCUCUGGGAAUACGUUUGCCACAUUUAACCCGGCCAAUGAAGAAAAAAUCGCCGAUGUUCAAGAAGGAACCAAAGAGGACAUCGAUGCGGCUGUGAAGGCAGCGAGAGAGGCGUUCAAGCGGGGUUCGAAAUGGCGAACCAUGGACGCCUCACAGCGCGGUGCCCUCAUCAACAGGCUGGCCGAUUUGAUGGAGCAGAACGCCGACUACAUGGCGAGCUUGGAGACUUUUAACAACGGGAAGCCAUUCACGGAAGCUGUUCAUGACAUCCAAUUUGCCAUCAACUGUCUGAGAUACUGUGCUGGCUACUGCGACAAGGUUCAUGGGAAAACAGUUCCAGCAGAUGGCAACGUUUUCGUCUAUACAAGGCGCGAACCUGUCGGAGUCAUCGGGCAAAUUAUUCCGUGGAACGUGCCGAUGGUAAUGUUCUGCUGGAAGAUCGGCUCCGCCCUGUGCACGGGAAACACAGUGAUCGUGAAACCUGCAGAACAGACGCCCCUGACGGCGCUGUACACGGCCCGCCUGGUGGUCGACGCCGGCUUCCCUCCGGGGGUUGUCAACGUGGUGCCCGGAUUUGGGGAGACCGCAGGCGCUGCCCUUUCCAAACACAUGGACGUCGACAAGAUCGCCUUCACCGGAUCCACCCAGGUUGGCCGGCUGAUGCUUAAGUCUUCGGGAGACACUAACUGCAAGCGUGUCUCACUGGAGCUUGGCGGGAAGAGUCCCCUGAUUGUCUUCCCAGAUGCUGACCUGCAACUGGCGGCGGCAGUGGCGCACCGAUGCGUAUUCAUCAACACGGGCCAAGUGUGCUGUGCCCCAACGCGUGUGUUCGUGCAUGAAGCGGUGUACGAGCAGUUCGUCGAUGCCUCUGUCGCCAUGGCCAAGGCACGUGUGCUGGGCGACCCUUUCGAGAGCAGCACCAACCAGGGACCACAGAUCAGCAGGGAGCAGAUGGAACGCGUUCUAGGCUACGUCGAGGCCGGCAAGCGGGAGGGCGCCCAGCUCCUUUGUGGAGGCCAACGCUACGGCAGCCGCGGAUACUUUGUCCAGCCCACGGUGUUCUCCAACGUGCACGACGACAUGAGCAUCGCCCGGGAGGAGAUCUUCGGCCCCGUUCAGAGCCUCUUUAAGUUCAGCGACACAGAGGAGGUCAUUGAACGGGCUAACCGGACCACAUACGGGCUCGCCGCAGGUGUCUUCACCAGCGACUUGAACACGGCACACACUGUUUCGCAUGCUCUUCAAGCGGGUGUCGUGUGGAUCAACACGUUCAUGGAAAUCAGCCCCCAGACCCCGUUCGGCGGCUAUAAAAUGUCAGGACUGUCGCGAGAAAUGGGUGAAGAAGGCAUCCUGGCAUACACGGAAGUUAAAACGGUUGUCACAAAAGUUACAGAGAAGAAUUCGUAAAGAUCUUCCUUGCCUUGACACUGCCUUACAGGUUUUGCGAGUUUCUUAAGCUCACUCAAAAUAAACUCACCAUUUUUGUGUGA